AAUAGAAAUGUCAAAUUACGAUUCUUUCACAAGUGUGGAAUUUUCAAAAGAGAAGGAGAAGGAGGAUCUUGAUGUACUUAAUGUCAAGAAAAUUUCCAAAAGUACCAAUAGCUGAGAUGACACUGAUGAAAAUUUCAAAACAACAAAGAAGAUGAGCUUUGCUAGAAUACUAAAAAAGGUCUUAUGAUGUUCAGGCAACCAAUACUCAAAGAACUCUGUGGGAAGCAAAAGAAGGAAGUAUCUCCCUGAUCAUCUCAAGGAGCACAUUAUUCUUAAUGUUGGUAAUCGACCGAGCAGGAGAUCAAAGAGAUACUCAGGCUCUACUGUUAAAAAUGGCAUAAGGAAUGAUAUGCUUAUCCUUCCUCCUUGCCUUGAAUUAUUGGAAAUGGAUCCAAAAGAGAAACCUAAGAAGUGAAAUCCCCAGCAGUUAGAGUUGCUAGAAAAUACCCAAUUGGGGUCAUAUGAACGAGUUCUGAACAAAAGUCGGAGUGCCAUGAGUCUAAAUCGCCGUAAAACAGUUGGGGUUUUCCUAAGUAGAUUCAGGGAGCGGAAAUCUAAUUGAAAUACUAGUGAUAACACUUUUGGCCAGAUUCUUGACCCUGAUUCGGCUAAAGGCGAGGAUAUAUUAUCUGAGGGCUGAUCUCCAGACAAGGCUUAAUAUGGGAAUAUUUAAAAAUUCUUUAUAAUUGGUUUGACAAAAUUUGGAAGUGCUACAUAAGCGGGCUACACCUCCAUCCUCCCCUAAAAAGAGCCUUAAGGCACUAAAUUAAGCUAAAACCUUCAC